AUGAGGUUCCUCAAGACGCCUUUCAAGAUGACUUCAAUGGGAAAUCAUAUCCCAUUAACAUCAAGAUUGAGUUGUGAGUCCUAUGUUCUGGAGGAAUAUAAAUUCCACAUAGAGAACAAAGUUCAUCAGGGUAGAGCCAAUGAGGGAUCAACGACGAUAAAUGGUAGGAGUAUGGAUGGAGGUAAGGAUGAAAAUUUGUUGAGUGAUGUUGGAGGAAAAAGCGAUGGGUAUGACAGUCUUAGAGACGACUUUGAGAUUUUAGGUUUGAAGGAGUGA